AUGACAACUUCGCAGACCCCAACCCCAGAAAGCACCCCCAAGCCCUGUGCCUUCGACACUCUCUACAUCAUUCCCGACCCGGACACUCCAAUCAACCUCACACCCGAAGCCAUGACUCUCCCUGAUGAGAUCGCUCCCUGCUCGGGGCCAUACUCAUGGAUGGUCUCGACGGUCAUCGAAGAUAAUGACCUCAUGUUCGGCGGCAAGCCGCUCUGCGCUUGGUACGAAGAGGACCGUCGCAUAAUGGGUCUGGUCGACGAGGAGGAAACAAGGGGUCGCUCACGGGAGAGGACCCCGCCGAGGAGUGUGCCGAACAAGAGAAGGCAUCACAGAAAGGAGGAGCAGCGCCGGGAAGUUCAGGAGACUAGGGAGGUAGAACCAGAGAAAAGGGAGAAGGAGUGA